AUGGUUACUUAUUAUACGUGGCUUUUCUUCCUUUACUUGGCGGAUGCUCUUGAGAGAUCAGCGGUGAUCAACGGAAGUUUCAGAAGAUCUGUUGAAAUACCUAACAUCUCUCAUUUUUUUUCUUGGACAAAUUAUACCCUUGCCGAUUGGCAGAGCUUUUUGGAUGGGAGAAAAUACGGGACAAGGUCCCAAAAUAUUGUUGUGAGGAUCUUCCUCAUCGCGGCAUACUCCUUUAUCAUCAUCUUCUCACUCUUUGGCAAUGCCUUGGUCUGUCACAUCGUGAUCAAAAACAAAAGGAUGCACUUCGCAACCAGCCUCUUCAUUGCAAAUCUUGCCGUAGCAGACCUUAUGAUCACCUUUCUCAAUACUCCGUUUACUUUGGCUCGCUUCGUAAACAGCACGUGGAUAUUUGGGAAGGGGAUGUGCCACGUCAGCCGCUUUGCCCAGUACUGCUCCCUCCACGUGUCGGCCUUCACCCUAACAGCCAUUGCGGUGGACAGGCACCAGGUGGUCAUGCAUCCCCUUAAACCUCGGAUCUCUACUACCAAAGGUCUCGUUUCUAUUGGCAUCAUCUGGAUCAUGGCCACCUGCUUCUCCCUCCCACAUGCGAUCUACCAGAAGUUAUUCACAUUUGAAUACAGCGAAGAAGUCACCCGAUCCUUGUGCCUCCCUGAUUUCCCUGAACCAGCCGACCUAUUCUGGAAGUACCUGGACUUGGCAACAUUUGUUCUGCUCUACAUUCUGCCCCUCGUAAUUAUCUUGGUCACCUAUGCGAGCGUUGCCAAGAGACUCUGGCUCCGCAAUGCCAUUGGGGACGUGACCAUCGAGCAAUACUUCGCCCUUCGGCGGAAGAAGAAGACGACCAUCAAGAUGCUGGUACUGGUGGUAGUCAUCUUUGCUGUCUGCUGGUUCCCCUUGAACUGCUACGUCGUCCUUCUCUCCAGCCAAGUCAUCCGCAGCAACAACGCGCUCUAUUUUGCAUUUCAUUGGCUUGCCAUGAGCAGCACUUGCUACAACCCUUUUAUUUACUGCUGGCUCAAUGAGAAUUUCCGGGCAGAGCUGAAGAACUGCCUCAACGUGUGUCGGAAGAUCUCGGACUCCCAGGGCCAAGGGCUGCCUCCUUCUGCAACUCUGUCCUACCGAACGGCCUGGCCAGACAAUAGCAACUCCAAGGGGUCGCAGGUCACCCGCGGCCUAUCGGCAUCCCAGUUCCAAUUGGGGAAAACUGACUUGAUGUCUGUUGAACCUAUAGUUGCUAUGAGUUGA